UAAAACUGUACUUUCUUUCUAUUAAUAGGAAUUUAAAUUCAUGGUUCAGUCACGUUCCCCAUCUGUGUCACCUAGUAAGCAGCCUGCUUCAGCAAUUUCAGCGACGGUAACUUUAUUUGAGCAGUACUGUAAUGGAGGAAACCCAUUUGAAAUUCAGGCUGACAGCAAAGAUGAUGAGACAGAGGAUGUGUUAGCUUCCAAUGGGUAUGAAUCUGAUGAACAAGAAAAAAGUGCCUAUCAAGAGUAUGAUAGUGACAGCGAUGUUCCUGAAGAGUUGAAAAGAGACUAUGUAGAUGAGCAGACAGGAGAUGCCCCAAUGAAGAGUGUUUCUCGAGAAACUCUGAGGAGCAAAAAGAAAUCGGAUUAUAGCCUCAAUAAAGGGAAUGCACCUAUCCUGACAAACACUACACUCAAUGUAGUAAGGCUUGUUGGGAAGUAUAUGCAGAUGAUGAACAUUCUCAAGCCAAUUGCAUUUGAUGUCAUCCACUUCAUGUCCCAGCUCUUCGACUACUAUCUGUAUGCAGUCUAUACAUUUUUUGGCCGAAAUGACACGUUUGAAUUGACAGGAUUGGGCCUCAGUAGUAGCAGAUUACGCACCACACUGAACAGAAUCCAGGAGAGCCUCAUCGAUCUAGUAAGUAUCUGGAUUUGGAGUGUGAAAUGGGGGGCUGUGUCAGCAAUUCAGCAAUUGUAUCUCAUCAUAACUUACUGGUUUUUAUUUUUCCCCUAUCUUCUCAUAUUUGGUGUCUGUAAAGACAAAGACUAUUUCUUGGUAGAUAGUAAUGUAGGUAUCAUUACUGCGUGAAAUUAUUUGUUCUCG